GCGGCGGGCGCGGCGGCCAGCGGCAGCGGCGCGGCGCAGGCGGCGAGCGGGGGCAAGAUCAGCGUGGAGAUUGUGGCGGACAGCGAGGACGGGCCCAGCGUGGUCAAGGUCAAGAUCGGGCCCGGAAACGUCCUGCGCAAGAUGAUGGAGGUGUGGUGCAGGCACCAGGAGCAGUCCGUCGAGGGCGUCCUGUUCUCCCACGGCGGCAGGGCACUCCGCCCCGACGACACGCCGGCCAGCCUGGGCUGGACCGCCAGAGGCGACGGUGGCAGCCUUGUCGUGCACGCGGCGCCCCGCAACCCGCAGCCGCCCCGCGCCGCGGCCGCCCCCGCCGCCAGCGGCGGCGCCGCCGCGGCCGCGCCGCGGGCCGCGCGGAGGCUGCCGCCGCCGGCCGCGGCCGGCGCGGCGGCCGCGGGCGCGGGCGCGGCAGGCGCGGAGGCCGCGGCGCAGGCGGCGAUGCGGGGCGCGCCGCUGGCAGUGAGGGGCGUUCAGGGAGCUGGCGUUCCGCAGCUGAAAGCGGCGCAGGCGCACCGAGCCGAUGGCAUGGCGCGGCACCGCAGCAGCGGCGGCGGCGCCGUGGCCGCAGCGGCGGUCAUGCUGCAGGCGGCGGUCGGGGCCGCGGGGGAGACCUCGGCGGCGGCCUCCGCGCGCGCGGCCCUGGGAGCACGGCAGGCCAAGUCGCCCGCGAGGAGGCCUGCACGGGCGGUGGCGCCGCCCGAGGCAAGGCCCACGGCGCAGCCGUCCCUGGCGCAGCCCCCGGCGAUCGCGGAUGCGCCCAUGGAGCCGCCGCCAGGAGACUGA